UUCCCUGCUGUCUGGAAGUUUGGACUAAACUAUUGGGCUGUAAUCUAUUUUGAAUUAUGAAUCCAGCAGCCAACAUGUCAAGCAAAAGAGCAAAGACAAAGACCACUAAGAAGCGCCCUCAGCGGGCUACGUCCAAUGUAUUUGCUAUGUUUGAUCAGUCACAGAUUCAAGAAUUUAAAGAGGCAUUCAACAUGAUUGAUCAAAACAGAGAUGGUUUUAUUGACAAAGAAGAUCUGCAUGAUAUGCUUGCUUCACUUGGGAAAAAUCCAACUGAUGACUAUCUAGAUGCCAUGAUGAACGAGGCUCCAGGACCCAUAAACUUCACGAUGUUUCUCACAAUGUUUGGCGAAAAAUUAAAUGGUACUGAUCCAGAAGAUGUAAUCAGGAACGCCUUUGCAUGUUUUGAUGAAGAAGCAACAGGUUUUAUUCAAGAAGACUACUUGAGGGAAUUGUUGACAACAAUGGGAGACAGGUUUACAGAUGAAGAAGUUGAUGAGCUGUUCAGAGAGGCCCCAAUUGAUAAAAAGAGCAAUUUCAAUUACAUUGAGUUCACACGCAUCCUGAAACAUGGAGCAAAAGACAAAGACGACUAAAACAGAACUCUUGCCUCUGCAUUGCUCUUUAGAUCUCAUGGUUAUCUUCAAGGGGGAUUUUUUCCUGGUAGAACCUGUUGCAUGCAGCUAGCUUUACAGCUUUUACCUAUCUCGAUGUAUUUAUCUAUACAAGGCCAUUCUGGCACAUCUUGCACCUGUGUAAUAAGGCCAGCAAUGGAAAUUGUAAUUUUGGGGAAUUUGGAGGAUAAGACCAAUGAGUUUGAAGGCCCAGGAAAAAUAUUCUCUGUUUUUCUGGUUUAGCUGGAUUUUUACAUUUUGUAAUAAUGCCAUUUUGAAAUAAGAUUGCUAUAUCAAUAAAAUACCUCAAAUGCUA